GCCAGAAGCAUUUGUAGCCAAGCCUAAGCCUGGCUACUACAUAUUGUCUGCCAGAAGUAUUUGUAGCCAAGCCUAAGCCUGUCUACUACAACAUCAGUGUCCAAGUGCAAGUCGCUCCAUUAAGGCGGGAUGUGGUACAUAGGCUGGACUGCUGGUGACGGCCACUAACAGUUUGGUCGAUCAGACCAACAACCAGGCCUGGUCAGGGACCUGGUCGUGAAGAACGUGACCUCUGGAAGCGGCUACAAGUAACGUACAGGUGGUGUGAGCGGUGGUGUGGGGGCCCAUGGGUCACCCCCAUCAUCCCUACCAUCAUGUAUACAACCAUUAUGUACAGCUCUAACAUCUUCACUCGCUGGUGACGUAAUGUCGAUGGGCUGGGGAGGCAUGGUGGUGGGACCUGGAUGGUGGGGUGCUGGAGGCGGCGGGAAGAGUGCGGUUCAGUUGUUGCAGGAAAGCAAGUCUCGAUACGUCAAAAGUGACCAUGUACUUGGUAGCAGUCAAACUCCUGCGCGACCUGAACGCCUUCAUAUUUCCUCCAAUCCAAACAUCUUCUUAAGUGCUCCAUCCCAUACACUUCAUAUAUCCCGCCCUUCACCAGCACCAGAGCGACGCCAUGCCCUUGCUGAUCAUAACAAUAUUCUGAAUUUACGUGAUCACCAUAGUCUUGCAGGACAGUCUUCACGUCCAGCACCUUCAACUGGUCCAGCAUCUUUAGGAGCUCAGCCACCACCUCUGCCUGCACGCUCGCCACGUGUCGCUCCCCGUCCAAAAAUCAGGGGUCAAGAAGGUCAAGGAGGGCGGUGUGGCGGUGACUUGCGCCGUUCUCUUUCUCAUGGUCCUGGAGAUCGUAGUGAUAAUGUCCAGAUGAAAUUACGCCGUUUGCUCAACACUGACUCUCAAGAAAAUUUAGCAUCAUUAUUACAGCCAACUGCUGAAGUAAAGCCAAAAAUACCACCUCCAGCUCCUCGAAGAGGAAUUAAACUUUCUCCUCCUGGCACAUACAGAGCUGAACCUGCUACGGUUACUACACACAAAUCUUUACCAGAUCUUAAUCGAGCUGCUUCUCCUGCAGGAGAAACUGAUUCUGAAUGUGGUACCAGUGGACGUCGAAGGCCAUCAUGUCCAGGUGCACUACCCUCCACCAGCAUUGCUCCAGAGCCUCCACCUCGGCCACCCCGAAUGUUCCGUGACCCACCGCCACCCCCUGAACUUUCUACAGACAGGCCUCCUGCGAGGCCACCACUGCCACAAAGGCUACGAGAACCGUCAUUGCCAUGCUUAACUCGGUCUGGUGCAUCUGCAACAACACUAAUGCCAACUGAUGGCCGGCGUUCAUCAGAUAGUGAUGUGUCUGCAUAUGGAGGGACUGGAAGUGGGGUAAAUAAUGAGGAGGGAAGACGCAGACCAAUACUCAGGUCCAGAUCUGAUGUAACACAUGAACGUGGUCGUUGGGAAGAAGAUCUCCACAACUCUUUAGCACCUUUGGAUUUAGAGGCAUUCUUUGAAUCUAUGGGUUUAGAUUCCAUUACACAUCGCCAGCUAACAUCUCCACCCAACUCUCCACAUUCCUUGCCAGUCUAUUUUGAGGAGGUUUCCUCUGAGGAAUCUGGUCCAUUGGGUGGUCGUCGAGGCAGCUCCGACUCUGAUGAUGGUCGGGGUGUCUCGGGUCCUGGUCCAGGUCCGCCAUUACCUCUUCGUGGUACUGGUGAGCCAUCAAUUGUAGAAAAGAAUGCUCGUGUUAUUAAAUGGCUUUUUAACUGCCAAAAAGCGCAGGGCACUUAUGUCUCACGAGUUGCUUCCACCAAGAGUUAGCCGAGUAGCUUUUGUACUAGUCUACAGUCAUUAACUGUGCAAGGAAAAGAACUGUAAGGGAACAAGCUCUAACCCUUUUUCCACUAACGCACAACAUUUGGCUGUUUUACUGUGAUAAUCAGAGUGACAUCUUAAACUUUAUGCAGUCAGCCCUUCAUAGUUCAGUAGUCAUUUAUCAUACAUAUGCAGGAUCCAGCUGAGCAUAAGACAUUUUACAAUUUAAUAUAUGUAUAAUAGAGGUAAUCUGAUCUCUGGUCACACCUUGAGGCUGACACUGAGCAUCUCCUUGCAACACACGAGGGGUUUCUAGAGUCAAGACCCUUCCUCAUGUAUUUAAUUUAUCAAUAAUCUUGACAAAUUUUUAAGCCUAAAAACAAUGUGAAGCAAUAAUGUAAGCUCAUAAUGAAAACCAUUUGGGAAAACAAACAUUUGAGAUCAAAAAACACUAAUUAUUCAGUGUGGUCAUGUAAAAAAAUAAAAAAAAUGGUUAACUAAUUACUUCUAAUGUGUUAGUGAUAACAGAGUUUGUUAGCUUUAAAAGUCUAUCUGCUGCAAAUGGGUCAACUAGGAGGCAUUGCAUCUGUACACAAACAAGAAUACUUUAAUCCAAAGUAAGGGGAUUAAAAUAAAUAUGGAUAAAGACAGAGAUACCUCUCAUUGUUUAUGCACUUCAGUUAGGAUAACUAUGGCUUAUGGGUUUAGUAGAGAAAUAAUUUAGAUGCAGUUUUAUAAUGCAGAAUUGUAAAUUUUCAAGCUUGUGAGAAUACUCAGAUCUGCUGCUGUCAUAUAUCCACUUAAAUAAAUACAUACAUACAUACACAUGCAUAUACAGUACAGAUACAUGUCAGUAAAGAGUUUUUAUGUAGAUAGCAAAGCUCAGGUUAGGGUACAUAGGAGGUGGGAUGGCUAUUUUCCAGUAAAGGUUGGCCUUGGAUGGGAAUGUAUCAUGUCCCUACAGUUAUUUAACAUAUUUAUACAUAGGGUUGUAAAAGCAAUAAAUGUUGUGGUGUCAGGAAAAAGAUAUAAAAUUAAGAUACAGUGAAUGAUAAAAGUUGGGAGUUGUCAGAGUUGCCAUAGUUGUCAUAGUUGCCCUUUGCCGGUUAUACGUUUUUUUGGGGAGAUUCUGAAGAGAAAUUUAGAAGACUGGUAUAGAGGAAGUAGAUGCAAUUAGAUAUUUGGAGUGGGUCUCUGAAAAAUUAGGUGAACCAUAAAAUAAAUAAGGGUAUAAAGGUGGGUGGAUUAAUGGAUUCUUUACCUUGUACAAAAGGUAUUCCAAGAAUAUUUGAAACUAUAGAGGUUAUAUAAUGCAUGCAUGGUGGUAUUUAUAAACUGGAUAACAAGACCUUUGUGUGAUAACAUGUAUCAUGACUACUUCUGUUUUAUCUUAUUAGAUUGUGAAGUUGGAUGAAUUGUAAUCUUUGGUGCGUGAAUUAGCAUGCAAGAGUCACUGCCAGAGUACACUGCCAUGGCAUAUGCUUACCAACAUGACUUUGACCUAAGGAAGGCUAACUGACACUUGCAAUGCCCACCCCUCACUGGUGCCCCUUAAAAUGCAACUAGUCAUGUGGUGCUCCAUAGUACCAUCAAGUGAGAGACAGGUAUACCACAAUGCAUGAACAAUAUAGUUACAUUAUUUGUUGUGGUGAGGCAUCCUAAAUGUUGUGAAACUGAAGGAGUACAUAGUGCAUUCAAUGCUUUGGAAGAAAAGAUAGAGAAAUUAUUGAUAGUGAUUCAGUGUAGAGAAUUCCAAUGAAUAGGUAUCAAUUGUUGCUCAUUAGUAACCUAAAUUUCAGAUAACGUAAGAUAGACUAUGCAUUUCAGGUAUAUGACGCAUAUUAUUUAGUUUCUUCGUCUACUGUGGACUAAAUCUGUUGCUAUUGCAAGUAAAAAUAAUUGGUUUGGAAAUUAAUACUUGGAAAUUGUUUUACAUCUUUUGUAACCAUUCACUUAGGCCUCUAAAAUGUGAACAUGGAUACUGAAUUAUAUUUUGACUAAAACUCAGCUACAGUAAAUUGAGAAAUUUCCAGGUAUCAUGUUAUCAUUGCAAUUCUAGGUAGACUAAAAGCGUUUAUAAUUUCAGCUUUGUAUAGAGCUAAGGGUGAAUGUAUUGGCAGGAGUCUUUAGCUUUAAAAGUCAGUACUGUAUCUUGAUGUUGGCUCAGUGACUGACCUGCAAUCUCAAGAAUCUAGCACCUAAUUUUAUAGAGGAUUUGUAAUGAUAUAGCUACUGUAGUUUACUUAUAUAGUAUAUGGAAUAGAGUAAUGAAUGGGAUAUGCCAUCUAGAGGCAGUUUCCAAAACUUCAAAUAAGGUCUUGACAUUGGUGUUACUUUUUGUGGAGAAUAUAACAUUGCUGAGUAGAAAUUAAACUUCUUGUCACAUUGCAAAAUUAUGUAAAUAGAACUUUACAUCUAAAACAAUAAUUAAAUUAGAAUUAUAUUUGAUUGGCAAAUAGCCCAGUAACAUUUUACCAGAUACAGUGGAACCCUGGUGCUUGAACACCUCUGUACUCGAACAAUUUGGUAUUUGAACGCUUUGUCUGGUUUGACUGUUUGCUCGGCACUCUACCAAACAAACACGACCUGCCAGAAGUUCGCUGUAAACUAUUUCAUGUUUCUUCACAUUUUUUGUUGUUUUUUUAUGUUAUUUGUAUAAAUAAGUCACCAUGGGGCCUAAGGGGGUUCGUGAUAACAGCCAACCAAAAAGAAAAUCGGUUGGGAAAAAUUUGUUCCGUAUUCGAACAGAUCAGCACUCGAACAGCCUUCUGGAACCAAUUAAGUUCGAGUACCGAGGUUUCACUGUAGUACUACCGUAUAUUUUUCUCUGUGAUUUGGGCGAGUGCUCAAAAGUGAUAUUUUCUUAGUCUUGAAGUAUAAAUAUCAUUGGCCUUGUGCAGUUCAUUUAUAAUUUCAAUUCCACAUACAAAUAAGCUUCAUAGUUUUACUACUGCAUAAUGUGUGUCCAGCUCAAAAGUAUUAAACAUGAUUAAAGAUUAAAAUCUUCAUUGUUGAAUAUUCAUUGCAUAUAAAGAAAUGCCUAAAAUUCAAAAUAUAUUAAUUGCUACAGAGGAAAUUAUUCACACAUUAACUUCACUGCCCAUUGUUAUUCAUACAAAGAUUUCUUCUGAUACCUGUAUUUGAGGCUUUUAAUUAUUGUAGUCUCGUAUGUUAUCAGUGCUGUAGCCCUGAAUGUUAUUGUGUAUAGAAAAACCAAAUAGUAUUUAAGUUAUUUCUAUUGGAUAAAUGUGUUUAUAUUGACUUUUACAAUAACUUUAUAUCACGUGCGAUGUGUGUGUAUGUAUAAUAAAUCCAAUAGAAAGUAAAGCUAAUAGUAUUAU